AGCAGGUAGAGAUCUGUUGACCAGCGCAGAGUCAAGAAGACAAGGUGUAAAGAGCAUGAUGGAGUUUUCUGCAUCAGUGAUUUUGGCAGGGCUCAUUUUAGCUCUGCUGUGGUUGUUUAGUGUCAAGAACAGUAGGAAGCAUCGUUUGCCUCCAGGACCCUUUGCACUUCCUCUCAUAGGAAACCUGCCACAGCUGCAGAAAAAUGCACCGUUUAAAAGCUUCAUCAAGCUCAGUGAAACCUACGGCCCUGUGAUGACAUUGCACCUGGGCUGGCAGAGGACAGUUGUAUUGGUAGGAUAUGACGCAGUGAAGGAGGCUCUGGUGGACCAAGCAGACGACUUCACAGGCAGAGGACCACUGCCAUUUCUGCUCAAGGCUACCAAGGGCUAUGGUUUGGGGAUCAGUAAUGGAGAGCGUUGGCGGCAGCUGCGACGUUUCACAUUGACCACGCUGAGAGACUUUGGGAUGGGACGCAAGGGGAUGGAAGAGUGGAUCCAAGAGGAGAGCAAACACAUGAGGGCCCGCAUAGAUACAUUCAAAGGUAUACCAUUUGACCCCACGUUCUUGUUGAGCCGCACUGUGUCCAAUGUGAUCUGCUGCCUGGUGUUUGGUGAACGCUUCAGUUAUGAAGACAAGAGCUUCCUACACCUCCUCAACAUCAUAUCUGAGAUUUUAAAGUUCAACAGCAGCUUUAGGGGUCAGAUGUACAACAUCUUUCCCUGGCUCCUAGAGCAUCUGCCUGGCAACCAGCAUACUGUUUUUGUCCAGGUUGAUGAGGUGAGAGAGUUUAUCAAAAUGAAGAUCCAAGAGCACAAAGAGACACUGGACCCCAGCUCCCCGCGGGACUAUAUUGACUGCUUUCUCAUCCGAAUGAAUCAGGAAAAGGACAUUCCCACAACUGAGUUCAACUAUGACAACUUGGUCGCUACAGUGAUGAAUCUCUUCCUGGCAGGAACAGAAACCACCAGCACCACCAUCAGAUAUGCCCUCGGUGUGCUGGUCAAAUAUCCCAACAUACAGGAGAAAAUGCAGCAGGAGAUUGACACUGUGAUCACAAAAGGCCUUUGCCCAAGCAUGGAGAACAGGAAGUCCCUCCCUUUCACAGAUGCUGUCAUCCACGAGGUGCAGCGUUUUCUGGACAUUGUUCCUUUCAGCCUCCCUCACUACGCACUCCACGACAUCUCUUUCAGGGGUUACACAAUCCCCAAGGACACUGUGAUUAUUCCCUUGUUGCACUCUGUGCUGAAAGAGGAAAAGCAAUGGGCAACUCCCUGGUCCUUUAACCCCGAGCACUUCUUGGACCAAAAUGGCAACUUCAAGAAAAAUCCUGCUUUCCUGCCAUUUGCUGCAGGGAAGAGAGCCUGUGUUGGCGAGUCUCUGGCUCGUAUGGAGCUUUUUCUCUUCCUGGUGUCACUGCUGCAGAAUUUCACCUUUUCCUGCACCGAAGGCCCCGACAGUAUUAACCUCAUUCCUGAGUACAGCGGCUUUGCCAAUUUACCUCGCAGGUACCAGAUCAUUGCCACACCACGGUGAGAAGAGGAGAAACACUCAGACUCCUUCUAUCGUCGCUUAAAGCAUUCUGAGUCACUCACAAGGACACGUCUAUAACACACAUUGCUUCAUUUUGACACAGCAGUGUUUGUGUACAGUUGCUGUUUGCUGAUACCUGACUGAUAACACAGGCAGUCUCAUCAAACUCAAAAUUUAAGCAACAGUUUAUCUCCAGGCAUAAUUAUAAAUUGUCCUAUCUUUUGCUUUGGUUGUCUUUUUCCAUAUAUUUUUCGUUUUGUAUAUAUCUGUAUGAAUCAAUUCUUGGUUCCUGUGUUAAUUGUGAACAUGUUUUCUUUAUAACAAGAAAUUCUAUUCUUUUUAACAAAAAUAUAUUUUAAAUAAUACUGAGUUUGAUUGGAAGAAGAGCUGCCCACUUGUGAAAAUUAAAAUGUUGAAAAACACUUGAAAAAAAAAA